AUGGAGUUAGUGCUAAAGAGAUUUGCCACUCGCCCAGAGCACAGGACCUCAUAUAGUACAUACUUGCUGUUCAUGUCUCAUGGCCUCUGGGAUACAAUCUGUGGGACUCAGCAUAGCGAUGAAAACCCAGAUGUGCAGCCUUAUGACACCAUAUUCCAGAUUUUCAACAAUCGCAACUGCUGCCAUCUAAAGGACAAGCCCAAGGUCACCAUCGUCCAGGCCUGCAGAGGUGGUGUCCCCUCAGCAAACCCUGGGGAGGUAUGGGUCAGUGACUCUCCAGUGGCCUCAGCAGACAGCUCUGCAGAGUCUCCAGAGGACUUGAAGGAUGAUGGUGUCCACAAGACCCAUGUGGAGAAGGAUUUCGUUGGUUUCUGCUCCUCAACACCACAUAAUGUUUCUUGGAGAAGAGCAAGUGGUUCUCUCUUCAUCACACAACUUAUAAAUUAUAUUCAAGAAUAUUCUAGGAGUUAUCACCUGACAAAAAUAUUUGUGAUGGACCUCGGUGGCCUGUUUGCUGAAGUUCCUGCAUUUCCAUCUGGCAUCCAGGACCUGGAGCGCAGGAUCACAAUGGCCUUGCAGGUGGGCACUUCCACUGGGGGCCGCUCCUGUGCCGUGCCUGACUGGUAG